UCGUGCUAUGGCUUUGCUUUGAUAAUGCUGUGGCUAGUGGCUACUAUAGAUUUUAGAUUAAAGUUUUAAUUAUUUGAAACUUGAUUGUAAGUAGAUACGCUAUACGCAAUCUUUAUAUUUUCUUGAAGGAGAAAGCUAAGGAAAAUUUUCUUAUCAACCGAAAAAUGUAUAAUAAUCACAGGCUAUAAAUUGCUUUACGUUUUGCAUUUGGAUACCAUAAUAAAAAUGAGCGAACGUGACCGAGAUUACAAAGGGUCAAGUCGAUCGACGCGUGAUGAUUCUAGGAGGCAUGCUGAUAGACGCAAGGAGAAGAGUCGGUCAAGGUCUCCAAGACGAGGCUAUGCACCGAAAGAGCAAACAAAAAAACCCGAUACACAAAAGAGUCACAAAAGAGAACAAUAUUAUGAAAAAAGAAAGGAGUCACCUAUUGAUUGGGAUGAGUCAGAUGAAGAGGCACCAGCGCCGCCACCACCACCACCACCAAGAAUCAGUAAAAUAUCUAUUGAUAUGCAAAAAGCCAAAGUGCCCAUCAAAAUGACACUUGGUGGGCCAGGCAAACAGAAGACUGCUACAAAACCCACCAUUGCAUCUGUUUUUAAUGAUUCUGAUGAUGAUGAUGAACCAGAAGAGAUGCCUGCAGAAGCUCGGAUGAGGAUGAGGAAUAUUGGCAGAGAAACCCCAACAUCGGCAGGACCAAAUUCAUUUGGCAAGACAAAACAAGGCUUUUGUGAUGUUAAGAAAGUGUUUGAAAAGAAUUUGAAGGAAGCUUUGGAUACUGCAGAGAAACCAAACGUGUCAAAACUACCACAAACUAUAUACAAACUCAAACCGAACCUUCCUUAAUCAUUUGUAAAUAAUUUUAAUCAUAUUUUUUUAGGUUUUAAUGUUCAUGUAAAAGAAUCCUGGAUUAUUUUGCCUGAUUAGAUAAGGUGGGCAUGAAAAAUCGAAGCAGUCCAUUUUUAUUACUCUGUACUUUUUAAAAUCAAAUAUGGACAUGUGGAUGACAUUAAGAUAAAUGAUAACCACAGUUAUAAUUGUUGCAAAUCAAGAUUACGCGCGACAUAAAAAACAUUACUGGGGGUCUACUCCUAAAAUCGAUAUUCGAUAUAUCGUGGCAUUAGUCGUGUCGAUUCCUACUCUUACUUACAUCGUAUUCAGUGUCGAAAAGAUGAUUGAACGAACGAAACAUAUUAUCGGUCCUUACCCUACUAAAAUUUCAGAGAUGAAUAUUCGAAUUUGACAUAUAAUCGAACGUCACUUUUACGAUAAUCUCAACGACACCUAGGCUGUCGUUGCUAUUGCCGUUUCAAGUUGUAUAGAUAUAUUUGCCAUACAAUAUACAUACUUAAUUCAUAUUAUUAAAAUAAUAAUUUGUGAUUUACUAUUCAACAGGAAUUUUUUACUACCAAGUAAUUUAAGUCAUUUUGUUGAUCGUUGAUCCGUAGAAAGAUGAUGAUGAUAAAUGUUGUUAGGAUAAACGAUAUGGAAUACGAACAUUUGUUAGAGUAGGGUGGGUGGGGUAUUAUAUUCGGGGUAUUAUCGUAUCGUUCCGAAUAUAUCGUUGUCGAUUUUACGAGUAGACCUCCAGGAUAGUUGUUGUUCUCGCAACAACAACAUGCAGUCUAACAUGCCUUGUGCUAUCAGCAAAUCAAAGAUGGCGUGACAGAAAAAUAUGCACUGAUGUUCGUUACUGUAGAACAUCCUAGUUUACAGUAAAAUUGGGUAACAUGUUAAGGCGGGUAAAAUAACUGUGAACAAUAUGGAAUGCUUUUUGUUAUUUUUUUAUAUCAUAAGGCACUUGUUACAACACGGACUGACUAUCGAUUGCUAUUUUAUCACUAUGAUACACAGAUAUAGUUUUUAUUUGAAUUGACGUGGGAUUAUUUUUAUAGAAAUUAGGACUUGUUCAGUAAUAGCUCGACCCUAAAAACAUUAGUAAAGUAGCCUACUACCGAAGCACUGUGUACUGUAUAUUUACUGAUAAGCACACUUUUUAUAAGUGUGCCAUGUAUAGAGUACUUCGUGGCCUCUGUCAGGCAGAGUCCCAACCACAUACCGUUUUUGUGUUUUGCCUUCAUCAGCUGUGGAUAGUCCAGACAUCUUUUUCAGUGUUUACCCAAAUAUGGUAUUGUUUUAUUCUGUUAUGAAAUUUCAAUAAUUUCUUGUAUGACACGAAUUGUAUCCAGAAUAUUUUAUUGUAAUAAAUAAUACAUUAAUUGGA